AUGGUCCUCUGCCACAAAUCCACCAACCAAUAUGACUAUAGCUUCCCUAUAGUAUCAUACUCCUGGCUCAACCGUUAUCCAAACCCUUAUGCCAAACAUGUUAUUUCCGUCGAUACCUUGGACAGCUCUGUCGACGAACAUGGAAAGCUUCAUAUCACCAAACUCAUUAGGAAAUCUGGCAGUAUCCCAUCAUGGGCCAAACCAUUCCUCAGUAUAACAGACAGUUGGAUUGUCGAAAAAGCCGUGAUCGACCCAGCAACACAAACAAUGGAAACCUACACCAGAAACUUGGACCACACUGGGGUGAUAAGAAUAGAAGAGUUCAACAACUACUUCUUUGACGAUAAAGAUGAAAAAACUUACGUCAAGUCUAGCGUCAAGUUUACUUCCGCUUUUAGACAAUAUUAUGGCUUCAGCAUCAAGGAUAAGAUUGAAAACUGGUCGCACAGCAAAUUCACAGAGAAUAUCAAGAAGUCCAGACAAGGGUUGUUGUUGGUGAUGCAGAACUUCCAAACCAGAAGAUUGAAAAACAAUGUGUGA